AUGGACGAGAAAAAGGUAGACUAUGAGUAUCCGGAAAUCUCACAGCCGCCUACCCUGGAAAAUGGCACUUUAGAGGCAACAGAUCACGUCGCUGGACACGAUCUCCAUCAGCAGCUAGAAAGUCGUCACGUAGUCAUGAUUGCGUUAGGCGGUGCCUUGGGAACCGGCCUGUUGAUUGGAACUGGUUCUGCACUUGUCAAGGCUGGACCUGCUGGUAUCUUGAUCGACUAUUCCAUCGUGGGAGCUGUGAUUUUUCUCAUCAUGUCUGCACUUGGAGAAAUGGUUUCUUACAUGCCUAACUCCAAGGGUUUUGGAGGAUACGCAACUCGUUUCGUCGACCCUGCCCUUGGAUUCGCGACUGGCUACGCAUACUUUUUCAAGUACCUCCUAGCAACACCAAACCAACUCUCCGCCUUUGCCCUCAUCAUGAAGUUUUGGGUGGGAAACCGUGUCAAUCCAGCUGUCUUCAUUACAGUCGCGUUGCUUCUCAUCAUUCUCAUCAACAGCGUCAACGUCAAAGUGUUUGGCGAAUUCGAAUUCUGGCUCUCUUCUCUCAAGAUGCUGAUCAUGGUCGGUGUGAUUCUCCUUCUCCUAGUCCUGGCUCUAGGCGGUGGACCAACUGGCGACCGACCUGGUUUCCGAUACUGGAGCGAGCCUGGAGCAUUCAACGAAUACAAGAUACACGGUCCGACUGGACGCCUACUCGGGGUGUGGAGCGCCAUGGUGACAGCAGUAUAUGCGUUCUCGGGAACCGAGCUUGUGGGCAUCACUGUCGGCGAAGCCAAACACCCACGCCUCAGCAUGCCCAAGGCUGUGAGGCUUACGUUCUAUCGGAUCCUGUUCUUCUACAUACUCUCUGUCUUCUUACUUGGCAUGGUAGUUCCUUACAACAGCAAAGAGCUAGCCUUCGCUGCAGGCGCAAAGACGUCGGCUGCCGCGUCUCCCUUCGUUGUUGCUAUCAACCUUGCUAGAAUUCGAGGACUGGACCACGUCAUAAACGGAUGUCUGGUGAUUUUCGUCUUCUCCGCAGCAAACUCUGAUCUCUACAUUGCUUCUCGCACGCUCUUCGGUAUUGCCGCUGAUGGCAAAGCUCCCCAUAUAUUCACACGCACGACCAAACAGGGCGUCCCGUUCGUAUGCAUUGGACUGUGCAGCUUAUUCUGCGGCCUGGCAUAUCUGUCCGCGAGCACAAGCUCCGCGGUCGUGUUUGGUUACCUGACCAAUGUUGUCACUGUCUUCGGGAUGCUAACUUGGAUAUCAAUCGUUGUCUCCCACAUCUUCUUCGUCCGAGCUCGUACCGCUCAAUCCAUCGACCCGGCAUACAUUCCAUAUCGCGCACCACUAGGCAUUACUGGAUCAUACAUCGCGCUUGGGUUCCUCAUUCUCGUCACGCUCACAAAAGGCGCUGAAGUGUUCGUGCGAGGGUUCGACAGCAGAAACUUUGUGGUCCAGUAUAUCGGAAUCCCGGUGUAUUUAACUUGCAUCUUUGGCUACAAGAUGCUGAUGAGGUCCCACAAAGUAGGGAAAGCAGAGGCGGAUCUGAGGACGGGCGUUCCUACGGAGACCGUGAAGGAAGAGAGGGAGAGGUUUGAGCGAGAUAGGCGGGAGAGGGAGGAGGCAAUGCCUGGCGGAGGGAUUUGGAGGAAGGUUUAUCGUAGGUCUUUGGCGUGGCUGUUUUGA